AACGGCGCGCUCCAGUUGGAUAACAAGCACGUUCUACAGGUACAGUUCACAGCUGGUUGCAAUCAGGAUAGUGCGUAGUUAGAGGGACAUCCAGAUAGGAGGACUGUUCAGAUGACCGGGAGAGGGCGCUAGUGAAAGGUGGCAUUCGUUGACGGCUCGAGCGCUGCACGCGGCUGUGAGGCGGUGAGAGCGAGCCAGAGAGCAAACGGCUUCUGCUGUACCUAACUAGCAGACGACAAUCGAGUGAAGCGCGGGAAGGAUUAAAACAUCAGGAGUGUCAACAUGCGAUUUGAAAACUUCGCACUCCAAUAAAAAAUUCCUCAGAUCUCUUGAUCUACGAACAGUGCUAUCAUGCUGUCUUGUGUUGGACAGUUCCCAAGAGGCUCAGACAGAACAAGCAGGGCAAUGCUAUCCGUAGCAUUGGAAGCAAGUUGGGAGAUGCUCACAGAUACAUGUUUUUCAUCAAAGGGCAAUAUCACAAAGGGAACAUGACUUGUAAACAAAACAACUUUCUCUUGAUCGUAGCUGGACUGUUGACUGCUUCAGGACAGGAAUGAGUAUGGUUGCUCUGGCCGUGCUACUGUGCAUUGUUUGUGGGGUGGCUUGCAACACAGAGACAAAACAGGAUGUAUACAUAGCGGGAUUGUUCCCUACGGACGAGAACAUCCCCGAGGGAGCUAUUGGACGGGGUGUCAGACCCGCGGUGGAACUAGCAUUGCAGCAUAUAAACAAUCAUACCGGAAUACUCAGCCGCUAUAACCUCAAGAUGACUUGGAAUGACACAAAGUGCGACAUGGCGAUGGCAACGCGGGUGUUCUUCGACAUGAUGGAUGACCACAACUCCACCAAGGUGAUUCUCUUCGGGGACGCUUGUUUCCAAGUGACGGGGCCGAUCUCUCAGAUAUCUAAAUACUGGAAUAUGUUCCAGCUCUCCUACGCCGAUACGAACCCGCUGCUGUCAGAGAGGGAUAAAUACCCAUUCUUCUUCAGGACGGUGCCGAGUGACUCUGACUUCAACCCAGCGAGACUGGCGCUCUUAAGGAACUUCAACUGGACACGUGUGGGGACGCUUUUCCAGUUUGAUCCCAAAGGGUCAACCAAGUACAAUUACGCACACAACCGCUUGGUGUCACUUCUGGGAAAGACAAAUAUAAAGAUAGACCAGGAACAGAGCUUUGCAGUGGAUCCGGAAGCAGCAUUAGAAAAAUUAAAAGCGGAGGAUAUACGGAUAAUACUGGGGAACUUUGACGAAAGCACCGCCAGACGAGUAUUCUGUGCCGCUCACAAGAAACAAAUGUACGGCGCUCGCUAUCAGUGGAUGAUAGUAGGGGAGUACGAGGAUGCGGGAUGGUGGAAAAAACCUGACUCGAAGAUCACGUGUACAAAGACGGAGAUGAAUGAGACGGUGUAUGGCUGCCUAACAACGGACCUCCUGGAGCUUAGCAGCAGUAACGAAACAACUGUCUCAGGAUUGCGUCCAUCAGCUUACGAAGCCCUCUAUAAAGAAUGGAGCGGCACCCAGUUUAGCAAGUUUCAUGGCUACGCCUACGACGGCGUGUGGGUGAUCGCCAAAGCCAUUGACACUCUUCUGACGGGUACCAAUCCGGACCUCAUCUCGGAGGACACUUUCAGAGGUCCCAACGUCGGCAAGGUGCUCAAUGAGACGAACUUCCUAGGAGUGACGGGCAGGGUUCAAUUCAACAAUGGCGAUCGGCUCGGGCAGAUCCGCAUCCGGCAAAUCACAGCAGAUGGGAAAAUGGUGGAAAUAGCUGAAUACCACGCCUCAACUGAUAGUCUCAACUUCCACCGCGAAAUUCAGUGGAGAGGAAGCGGGCCUCCCAAAGACCGGAACAUUGAGUACCCGGAGAUGCGGCGGGUCUCAGUGGCUGUGUACAGCAGUUUGUGUGUGUUGUCUGCCCUUGGUAUCAUCAUGGCCGUGGGCUUCCUGACUCUCAACAUUCUGUACAGGAGACACAGAUAUAUCAAGAUGUCGAGUCCAAAUAUGAACAACCUGAUUAUCAUUGGGUGCAUCCUGUGUUACCUCAGUGUGUUCCUAUUGGGGACGGACGGCGGAGUUGUCUCCCGUUCAUUGUUCCGGUAUUUAUGUCAGAUCCGUGCCUGGGUGUUGGCCCUGGGCUUCACGUUGGCGUUUGGGGCCAUGUUCAGCAAGACGUGGAGGGUACACGCCAUUUUCACCAACAUCAAACUCAAUAAGAAGGUGAUCAAGGACUACAAGCUGUUUCUGAUCGUGUGUGUGUUGGUGCUUCUGGAUGCUGUCAUUCUGGUGGCCUGGCAGGUGUACGACCCCAUACAGAGGGCCGAGAAAAACCUGGCCCCUGAGGUUUACGAGGACUACAGUGUUACUCCUGUUUUAGAAUAUUGCAAGAGUGAAUUUAUGGAGAUCUGGUUGGGAUCCAUUUAUGCAUAUAAAGGCCUCCUCCUUGUAUUUGGUUGUUUUCUGGCGUGGGAAACUCGACACGUGAGCAUCCCUGCAUUGAACGACUCCAAGUACAUCGGCAUGAGCGUGUACAACGUGGUCAUUAUGUGCGUGUGCGGGGGUGCUGUGUCUUUCCUCAUCAAGGACCAGCCCAAUUCCUCCUUCAUCAUCAUCAGCCUCUGUAUCCUGUUCUGUACAACAAUCACACUGUGCCUUGUGUUUAUGCCAAAGAUGAUUACACUACGGCGGAACCCCAAGGGUAACGACACGCGUGUUCGAGCAACGCUGAAGAAGACGUCCAAGAAAGACGCCACAGAUAGUAGCGAACUCCAGCUGAAAAUUAGAACUAUAGGAGAUGAAAAUAGGAAAUUAAGAGAGAUUUUAGCUCAGCGAGCCUCCGAGGUAGAGCAUAUACUGGAGCAGCUGGGUGAGGAAGCGUCAACCUACGACCUGGGCAUCAGAUCCGCCGUGCACAAGAAGGUGCUGGAGCUCAGGGUCUCGGAUGUCUCGCCCAGCAAAAUAUCUCGUUCUUCCAGUGCCUCCGAGGCUGACUGCACCUCCACGUACUCCGAGGUCAGCGGUACCACGAGUCUGUGGGCCGACUCUCCGCCCUUGGCCAGGACGUCCAAAGUCCGAUUACUCACUGACAGGCUUCGACCAGAGGUUAUAGAACUAGCGGAUCUCAGAAAUAAGGGUCUGACUUCACGCACCUGCAACGUGCUAUCUCCAGCCGAGGAGGAAGAUGACGAUGAUGAUCCGUUCGGGGGAGUCUAUCUGGGACCUCCUGAAAUAGACAUACCUAAACCUAAAGUUAAUUUUGAUAGCAUGCCUGAUAGAAUAGCAAAGGAAGAGCAUCCAACAGUAGAAAGCAGAGUUCGCCCUUCCUGCUCCAGGCUGCGUGCGGACUCGGACGUUUCCUCGGAGACCGAUCAGGAUCGCAGUGAGCCAAUCAGCGUUCCCAGCCUACAAGAGAAUGAUGACGAUGUCGACCCGACCAGGUCGCUGCUUUCAUAGUAUGCAUGUUUGGCGGUAUAACAGCGCGCCUUUCAACAGCGAAAUUAGGACGCGGAAGGCGCCACAGUGCCCCGUGCAAUAUUUGGCCUAUCACUGAGGCUACAGAAGAGACAGAGA